UGUCUGUGUGUCUGUAUCAGAGUCUCUCCCCGGCUCCACGAUGCGCUGCCGCCGGCUCUUGUUGCUCAGCUCAGCCCUCUUCGCCCUCCUGCUCGCCGUGUUGAGCCGCAGCGAUGGGGCGGUUCUGCGCCCGGACCCGGGGUCUCCAGCGGCCGGAGUCAGUGGCCCGGGAGCGGGGGAAAGUUCCCUCGGGCCCCGGCGGCGACUGUUCGUGUCGGGAGAGGUCGCGUCUACAUUCCUGAAACGUCGGAGCAAGCGCUCGACCAGAGGCGAGCUGGCCGCCGAGAAGAGACAGAGGCUUUCUGCUGACGAGCGACGGAAGGAAUAUCACGAGGAACAGUUGAAUGAGUGGGAGAACUACGUGGAGGAGGAACAAGAUGAACAAUAUGAAAGGAAUCGUGAGAAGGUAGAAUCGUGGCGUCAGUGGCAUUAUGACGGCCUUUACCCUUCGUACCAGUACAACCGACACGUCUAUUAAACAAAAAGCCACAAGCCAGUGUGUCUUGGAGUGAAGAUGCAACGGAUGGUUUAAGCAAGGUCGUGUCUUUUACAGCUUCACUAAAGUAGCAGAAAAAUCAUACUAGACCCUAGCUUCUAGAUGUGUAGGAAGGAACUGCAGACGCUGGUUUAAACCAUAGACACAAAAUGCUGGAGUAACUCAGUGGGACAGGCAACAUCUCUGGAGAGAGGGAAUGGGUGACGUUUCGGGUCGAGACUGGUUUGGGAUUAGGGAAAUGAGAUCUAGACAGUGGCCGUCUCUAAAUCUCUCUUCUGUCUCAUCCCUAACCAGUCUGAAGAAGGGUCUCGACCCGAAACGUCGCCCAUUCCCUCUCUCCAGAGAUGCUGCCUGUCCCGCUGAGUUACUCCAGCACUUUGUGUCUACUCUAGCUUCUAGAGGCCAUUUACUGCUUUGGUAAAUACAGUAUCUUCACCUUUUUAUUCAUAAAUUAGGAAAUUAAGAUUUUUAAAAUUAAGGUUAAUGUUAUAUUCUGAAAGAAAUAUAAUAAGUGUGGGAAGAGGUGGCCUUUCUCUUGAAACAGGCAGUUUCUCUUAAGCCAGUGUCGGCCUCUUAACAUCUUUUCCCUGGGCCUAGGUUCAAACUAAAUCAUUUAGCAAAUGGUAACAAGCUUGAAAGAUUAGCAUUUUUCUCUCCUAAUAUUUGUGCUAUAUAAUUUCCUUUUUAUUUUAUUACCUAGUGUAUGUAAUCUGUACCUCAACUGCAUGUAGAAUGCUUCAGAAUAAACAUUAAACGCCAA